AUGCGGUUCUUAUUGCCUUUCCUUGCUGCAACCGCAGCUGCAGCUGCAGCCAUAGAACCAUCUCAGUCUUCUACUGAUUCUAACCACAAGGACUCUUCUUUCCAGGCUGAGUGUGAAUCAUUCGGGGAAAGGAUUAAACAACCUAAUGCGACUGUCCAUUCGGUUACCUAUGUCCCGGCCGGGGUGAACAUCUCCAUGGAAUAUAACCCGGCCAUUUGUGGCGGCGACGAUUCCAUAACCAGCACAUUCGCAUUUUGUCGCAUUGCGCUCAAUGUCACGACUUCCAUCAAGAGUCAGAUCUUUAUGGAAGCCUGGCUGCCCAGUAACUAUUCUGGCCGAUUUUUGAGCACAGGAAAUGGCGGUCUUGGUGGUUGUAUCAAGUACGAUGACAUGGCCUAUGCUGCUGGAUAUGGAUUUGCCACUGUUGGCACAAAUAACGGACAUUUCGGUGAUACUGGUGUCUACUUCUACGAAAACUCCGAGGUGAUUGAGGAUUUUGCUUACCGCGCGCUCCAUACCGGGGUUGUUGUCGGGAAGGAAUUGACUCAAAGCUUUUAUUCUGAAGGCUAUAACAAAUCAUACUAUCUUGGUUGCUCUACUGGAGGGCGUCAAGGCUGGAAGUCCGUGCACAGAUUCCCAGACGACUUCGACGGUGUCGUGGCUGGUGCGCCUGCUUUCAAUUUUGUUAAUCUCACCAGCUGGGGUGCCCGAUUCCUCACCCUCACGGGCAACUCCAGCGCAGCGACCUUUGUGACUAAAACGCAAUGGAGUACCGUGCACGACGAGAUACUCAGACAGUGCGACUCCCUCGACGGUGCGGUGGACGGCGUCAUAGAGGACCCGGAUCUUUGUCAGCCUAUCAUUGAGACUUUACUCUGCAAUGCGACCCAAUCCCCCACUUCUGGUACGUGUCUCACUGGAGCGCAGGUUGAGACAGUGAACGGUGUUUUCAGUCCGACCUAUGGUGUCGAUGGCUCCCUCCUCUACCCACGUAUGCAGCCCGGAUCCGAGCUAGGAGCGUCCAGCAUCUACUACAGUGGGGCGCCUUUUUCCUAUGCCGAAGACUGGUAUCGCUAUGUGGUAUACAACAACACCAACUGGGACCUUACAACUUGGACCGUGAAGGACGCCGCUGUUGCCAGCGCUCAGGACCCUUAUCAAAUCUCCACCUGGGACGGCGAUCUCUCUCCCUUCCAAAACAAGGGUGGUAAGGUCCUUCAUUACCACGGUGUGGAGGACCCGAUUAUCUCUUCCGACAGCUCCAAACGCUACUAUAAGCAUGUAGCCGAUACAAUGAAUCUCAGCCCCUCUGAGCUCGACAGUUUCUACCGUUUCUUUCCGAUCAGCGGCAUGGGUCACUGCGCAAAUUCAAACGGGGCUUCUGCUAUCGGUCAGGGGUCUGGGACAUUUUCAGGAAAUAACCCCGAGGAUAAUGUCCUCCUGGCCAUGGUUCAGUGGGUUGAGGAGGGUAUCGCCCCUGACUUUGUUCGGGGUGCCAAGCUCAAUGGCUCUACUGCGGAAUAUCACCGGAAGCACUGCAAGUAUCCUAAGCGCAAUAGAUAUGUCGGGCCGGGUCUGUACACGGAUGAGAAAGCCUGGGAAUGUGUCUAA